AUGGGAGAAGACAUUGCAAAGAUAUACCCCGAAUGGAAAUUGUUCUUUAAUGGAGCGGUCAACUUCAAAGAAUCGAGAAUCAGAGCAGUUUUGAUGUCAAAAAUAGGCCAGCACUAUCCAACAGCUGCUAAGUUGAGCUUCCUGUGUACCAAUAACAUGGAUGAAUAUGAGGCUUGCAUCCUUGGUCUCAAGUUGACACUUGAUAUGGGUAUUCAUGAUUUGUUAGUCAUCGGCAACUCAGAUUUGCUGAUUCACCAGAUCAAAGAUGCUUCAUAUAGAGCUAUCACCAAGAAGGUGGUCGCAUAUUUUGUCAAGAAUAACUUGAUUUGCCGAUUUGGAUUGCCAGAAUCGAUCAUUACUGAUAAUGGGGCUAACUUGAACAAUCGCUUGAUAAAUGGAGUCGUGGAAGCCACCAAUAAGAACAUUAAGAAGAUCUUGAGGAAGAUCGUCGAAAAGGAUAGAUCAUGGCAUGAGAUAUUGCCUUAUGCUAUGCUAGGGUAUCGCAUAACAGUUCGAACCUCAACUGGGGCAACCCCUUAUCUACUUGUUUAUGGGAAUGAAGUUGUGAUACCCGUCGAGGUUGAAAUACCCUCCUUAAGGAUUAUUCAGGAAGCCAAAUUAAGUAACAAAGAGUGGGUUCGCGCUCGCUAUGAACAACUCAUGCUGAUUGAUGAGAAAAGAAUGGUUAUCGUGUGUUAUAGUCAGUUGUAUCAAUACAGGAUGAUCCGUGCCUUCAAAAAGAAAGUAAGAGCUCGAAUAUUUAAAGUUGGGCAAUUGGUCCUCAAACGCAUAUUUCCUCACCAAGAAGUGUACAAAGGCAAGUUUUCUCCAAAUUGGCAAAGACCAUACAUAAUUCGCAAGGUAUUAUCUGGAGGAGCCCUGAUUAUAUCUGAGAUGGAUGGUCAAGAGUGGACCAAACCAAUCAAUUCCGAUGUGGUAAAGAGAUACUAUAUUUGA